AUAAAAUGUUUUGAUCUCGCGUUUCGCUAUGCAAUGUGAAUUUUAUGAACACGAAUAGCCAAAACAUUGCAUGUUAUAACCAAGAAGUACGCUAAAGUACGAGUUUCGUGAGUGAACAUUAUCAAAUAUUCCACAUUACAAUGGCUAAUACAAAAAGAAUGGUGCCGAACAUCCUGAUAACAGGUACUCCAGGAGUCGGCAAAUCUACUCUUUCACGUUUACUGGCGGAGAGGACAAAGUUUACUUGGCGAGAAGUGUCCAAACUAGCUGAGGAAUACAGUUGUUUAGACGAAUAUGAUCCAGAAUAUCAGUGCCCGUUCUUAAAUGAAGACAAGUUGCUGGACAUCAUGGAGGGUUUGAUGGCUAAAGGUGGCAACAUUGUGGACUACCAUGGAUGUGACUUCUUCCCCGAGAGGUGGUUUGAUGGUGUUUUUGUUGUUAGAACCAACAACACAGCACUCUUUGACAGACUUACAGCUAGAGGAUACACAGGAAAAAAAUUAGAAGAUAAUAUUCAGUGUGAAAUAUUUGAGACAUUGUUAGAAGAGGCACAGUCGUCAUACAAGCCAGAGAUUGUGGUAGAACUACAGAAUGACACAGAAGACCAGCUACACAAGAAUGUUGAAACAAUCGUAGAGUGGAUAGAAAGGUGGAGAGAAGAAAAUAUAUAGUUAUAUAAGCUUUUUUAUUUUAUUUCUUGUAAAUAUUGGAUUAUGUACCUUUUUGGGUACUCUGCCUUGUUGGCAAAACAAUAAAGUGUUGCCUGUGUUUGUGCAGGUAAAGCCUUA